ACUGUAUCUUGUGCUCACUUGACAUAAAAGAGGUUUUGGUCAUUUUCAUUCCCUUGUUUGCCUUUGUCCACCUUCCCCAAAACCACACAAGAUGCAGGGGCAGCGCAUGCGUCGAAGCGUCAAUUACGCAAAGACAUAAAAACUCAAAAUUAAAAGCGCUCGGAGUGGGUGAAAUGUGAAAUACCAACCCUCCGAUCACAUCGGGACCUCUUUUUCAUUGGGAGACGGCACAAGCUGUGAUCUACGGACUACUUCAGAUGCUGCUUGAGAGGAGGCGGAGUGAUCUCUCCUGCCCGCGACCCACGUAAACAGAGUCAGCUCUCUGACCUGCAGCCACACUGUCAGAGCGACGCCGGGGAUGAAGCAACGCGGCUGUACGCACGGAUUCUGCUCACACACUGCGCGUCUCUUUUAAGGAUUUAACAUUGUUCCUUUUAUCUCUGGCAAAGGCUUUAACCGUCUGACGUUUUGAGUUUUGACUUUCUUUACCCUACACAUGUAUUUCUCAACCAUUUCGACGAGAAUUGGGUCAUGAUCACAUCGCCCACGGUCUCUGUCCUGAGAAAUAGCACGAAUCCAGCGUGGGAGAGCGGCUCCUCGGGGGAGAAGGGCGCAGUGAAGAUCAGCCAGCUAUCCGUCCUCAACUCGGUCUCUCCUGCAGACCCUUCUCGCCAAGCCAGUCGUCUUCCCAUAAAGGUUUUGAAAAUGCUUACGGCUCGGGCAGGACACCUUUUACACCCGGAGUACCUUCAGCCUUUACCGUCCACCCCGCUGGAUGCCAAGAAAAGUCCUCUGGCUCUUUUGGCUCAAACGUGCUCUCAAAUCGGCAAACCGGACCCGCCGUCCUCCUCCAAACUGUCCUCUGUGACCUCAAAUGGAUCUAGUGACAAGGAGUCCAAAUCCGGUCCGCUGAAAAUGAGCGACAUCGGUGCCGACGACAAAUCUAGCUUCAAACCUUACUCCAAGUCGUCAGAGAAGAAGGACUCCAGCAGCAGCCUCAGUGGAGAUAAAACCAGUUUCCGAGUGCCUAGCGCCACCUGCCAGCCGUUCACCCCCAGGACAGGCAGCCCCAGCUCCUGCACCUCAGUCUCUCCACUGCCGGCUGACGGCAAAGCGGGGGACAAGGAGGAAAAGAAGGAGUCUGACAGCAGUAAAAGCAGUACGACAGAUAGUAAUAACAGCCAUAGGAUAAGUGGAAUUACCUCUGAUGGCAGCCAACACCAGGAGAACACAUCUGGAUCAAAGACUGUUACAUCAGACUCAACAUCUGUAACCUCAUCGUCCUCCUCCGUCCUCGGCUCUGGACUGGUGGCCCCUGUUUCCCCAUAUAAGCCCGGUCAUACAGUUUUCCCCUUGCCACCUGCUGGUAUUUCCUAUCCCGGAAGUUUAGCGGGUGCCUAUGCAGGUUACCCGCAGCCGUUCCUCCCUCAUGGAAUGACCCUUGACCCCACCAAAUCCAGCAGUCAGCUUUUAAGUGCACAGUUUGCUGCUGCCAGCUCACUGGGAUGCAAUAAAGCAGGAACGAGUCCCUUAGCUGGAGCAUCCCCGCCGUCUCUAAUGUCUGCUAGUCUGUGUCGAGACCCCUACUGCCUGAGCUACCACUGCACAAGCCAUUUGUCCGGUGCAUCCAGCGCUAACUGCGCACAUGACUCUGCGGCGGCUGCUGCUGCCGCGCUCAAGUCUGGAUACCCGCUCAUGUACCCGACGCACACGUUACACAGCGUGCACUCCUCGGCCCCGGCUUUCAGCGGACAUCCCUUAUAUCCUUACGGGUUUAUGCUGCCCAAUGACCCCCUGCCGCACGUGUGUAACUGGGUGUCUGCUAACGGACCUUGCGAUAAGCGCUUUUCCUCCUCCGAGGAGCUUCUCAGCCACUUGCGGACUCACACGGCCUUUGCCGGUACGGAGAAGUUGAUAUCUGGGUACCCGGGGUCGUCUUCUCUCGCCAACGCCGCUGCAGCCGCUGCUAUGGCUUGUCACAUGCAUAUGCCUCCUAAUGGCAGCCCAGGCAGUCCCAGCACGUUGGCCCUCAGGGGCCCCCAUCACCCUCUCGGACUGAGCAGUCGCUAUCACCCCUAUUCAAAGAGCCCCCUGCCCACACCCGGGGCCCCGGUGCCGGUGCCCGCGGCCACAGGGGCAUAUUACUCCCCGUACGCCUUGUAUGGACAAAGACUGACAACAGCCUCGGCCCUAGGAUACCAGUAGAGACAAAUAAUUAUACAUUUAUAAAGAAGAUUUAGGCCCAAUGAGUUUUAUAUUGUACUUCAUGCAGGGACUGGAUCCAUGUGGGGAUCAGUGUAUUUAUUUGCGAUAGCUUCAAGCGUGACUAAAAUAAAAAAUAAUAUAACUUUGAAAA